CUGCUGUUCUGCUGCUUACAACCCCUUGUCCUUCAAACAGUGCGGUUUGAUUCUCCUGAAAAUUGAUGCAAAAGCUGUUACCUUUCACAGUAUUUCACAUAUGUUAUUCAAUAUCUCUAAACUCAAAGACUUCAACGAUUCUCACAUGUUCACUUCACGAAGAUAUCUGAAACCCUGUUCAACAUGACAACGAUACAAUAAAGAACAAGCAAAUGGGCAAACUAUCUCUACUCAAACCCUCAAUCUCCACUACAAAAACCUCAUUAAUUCCAACUGAAAAUUCCAGCCAUGGUCAACUCUUUCAGUUGACCUCUACUUCCCUCUCACUAUCCCUCCAAAAUUACAUAAAUUCAAACACCCCUUCACACGGCCAAAAGAUUCACACCCACAUAAUCAAAACUGGAUUCAAACCCAACACAAACAUAUUAAUAAAACUCAUGAUCCUGCACUUAAAAUCUUCUUGUUUGUUUUACGCACGCCAGGUGUUCGAUGAAAUGCCUCAACGAACUCUGACCGCGUAUAACUACAUGAUCGCGGGGUAUUUGAAAAGUAACGAAGUCGGGGAGUCUUUAAGUAUGUUUAGGAGACUUGUUUCGUGUAAUGAGAAGCCGGAUGGGUAUACUUUUUCCAUGAUCUUGAAGGCGUCGGGGAGUGAUGGUGUCAUGUCGGUUGGUAGUCGAAUUGGAUGUCGAAUUGGGAAGGAGGUUCAUGCCCAGAUUGUGAAAUCGUACGUUGUCGUGGAUGAUGUGCUUUCAACUGCUUUGGUGGAUUCAUAUGUGAAGAGUGGGAGAGUUGACUAUGCUAGGAGAGUGUUUGACUUCAUGAUGGAAAAAGAUGUUGUUUGUUCGACAUCGAUGAUUUCCGGAUAUAUGAGACAAGGUUUGGUUGAGGAUGCUGAGGACGUAUUCGCGAAGACGGGUGUGAAAGAUGUGGUGGUGUUUAACGCGAUGAUUGAAGGGUAUAGUAAAUCGGUUGAAACGGUUAAGAAGGCUAUUGAGGUUUACAUAAGUAUGCAAAGAUUAGAUUUUAAGCCUAACAUGUCUACAUUUGCUAGUAUCAUUGGCGCUUGCUCGGUUUUAGCGGCAUUUGAAGUUGGUCAACAGGUGCAAGGUCAACUCAUGAAGACCGACUUCGCAAGCGAUAUCAAAAUGGGAAGUGCGCUUAUCGACAUGUAUUCGAAAUGCGGGCGGAUUGAAGACGCACGGAAAGUGUUUGAUGAAAUGCCUGUGAAGAACGUGUUUUCUUGGACGUCGAUGAUUGACGGGUAUGGAAAGAACGGUGAUCCAACUGAAGCGCUCAAUCUGUUUAAUCAAAUGCGAAACGUUCACCGGAUCAAACCGAAUCACGUCACUUUUCUCGGUGCACUUUCGGCUUGCGGGCAUGCUGGGCUGGUCUCUAAAGGACUGGAAAUAUUUAACAUCAUGGAGAAAGAUUACACAAUGAAACCGCACAUGGAACACUAUGCGUGUAUGGUUGAUCUGUUGGGUCGAGCAGGACGGUUAAAUCAAGCAUUGCGGUUUGUAACGUCGAUGCCUGAAAAGCCGAAUUCUGAUGUUUGGGCCGCACUGCUUAGUUCAUGCAGGCUACAUGGUGACGUCGAGAUGGCGAGUAUUGCAGCCAAUGAGCUUUUUAAGUUGAGUAGUAAUAGUAGGCCUGGCGCUUAUGUUGCGUUGUCGAAUGCUUUAGCAGAUGCCGGGAGAUGGGAUCGCGUUAUUGAUGUAAGGGAACUGAUGAAAACGAGAGACGUAUCGAAAGAAACCGGUUCAAGUUGGAUCGGGACUGAUGAUGUUGGUUCAGCUUGUUUGCAUUCUACACGGGAUAUUUGAGCUUUACGAUUAAAGAAUUACAAUUGAUCUA